AAUGCGAGAAACUAAAAAACUUAUCUUAUCAAAUCUCCUGUUUGCUUAUUCACUUUAUUAGGUAGAGGUGGAUAAAAUAUUUAUAUUUCGUGUGUUACGUGACUACUAGUUACGUGACGUUUUGUGGUUUUCUUAGUCAGCGAAGUGUCACAAGGAAAAAAGGAGGUGAAAAAUGGCUGAUGCCGAGGGUGGAAGCGAAGAAACUUAUCCAGGAACCGUCCCUCUUGAUCCACGUUUUCCAAACACGAAUUGUACCAGAUACUGUUUCGUAAUGUUCUCGGAUUAUCACAGAUGUAUCCGGUUGUAUAACGAGGGACACGAAGAUUGUAGCUAUUUCAAAAAAGCUUAUGAAACCCUUUGUCCAAACUUUUGGGUAGAAAAAUUCGAACAACAAGUCGAAGAAGGUACUUUCCCUUUGCCUUUACCAAAGAAGAAAGAAGAGGGUCAAGAUGCUGAAAAGAAAUAAAUUGAUUCUUAGUUUAAUUUAGAGAUACUUCUUUGACAUUUUUGUUUGUUAUGUGAUAUAAAUUAAUACAUUUUAGAUGUAUUAAUCAAA